AUGUUGACCGCCCUGGCAGAACGUCAAUUCCAACGUCAUCGGGUAGCCAAGCUUAGACUUAGCAUCUUCCUCUUUCAAAUACACAGGGACGGUGACAUCUACAAUGACCCCGACGCACGCCCUACGGCGGCUGCUGGCUGGCUCGCAGUGGUCAACAAGACCAUAUCCAAAGCGCGACGCGCGACGGCCGCAGCCGCCACCGACCCUGACGACGAUGUCCCCAUGUCACAGCGCGUGCCUUUCCGAAAACCAUCAACUGGCGGACUGGGUGUUCCAGGCAAGAUCCCUUCAGAAACGAAAUCUUUAACGAGAAAUAGACGAUUGGAUGGCGCCUGCAACGAACAGCAGCCUUCUAUCUCUAACGCAGAGGUGGGAGAUGCGAAUGGCGCGACAAAGGGUAGACAAGCACAUUUCGGCCCUAUUCGUCGCAUAGAUCAGGAAGCUGCUAGGGUGAAGAAGGAGGAUGAUGCAAAGGCUUACAAGGAGCGGUAUCAGAACGCAGCGAAACGAUGGACGUCUAGUAUCAUUGCUAUGCCCAUUUUGCUCGUGACGAGUUGGUAUUUGUUCGACCGACAACAGUUGUAUUGGGAAACGAGCCAAAGACGCUACAACGAGACGAAGACUGAGGUGCUCGAAACAACAACCAAUUUUCCAAUACGUCUAUAG